AUGGCUACGUCUAUACUUGGGGAAGAACCACGGUUUGGAACUACACCACUAGCUAUGCUGGCUGCAACUUGCAACAAAAUCGGCAACACCAGUCCCCUUACAACUUUACCCGACUCCAGCGCGUUCUCCAAAGGCGGAUUUCAUCCGUGGAAAAGAUCUUCGUCCAGCUGUAACUUGGGGUCCAGCCUGCCCGGCUUCACGGUCGCGACGAGCCGCGCGUCCACGGGACUAACGCCGACCAGUGGUGCGGCCAACAGCGCCUUCUGCCUAGCCUCCACCUCCCCGACCUCCUCUGCCUUUUCCACCGAGUACAGCGGCCUGUUUUCCAACUCCGCCAGCGUCUCGACGCAGGAGUCCGGGCAGUCUGCGUUCAUCUCCAAAGUCCACACGUCAGCAGAGACCCUGUACCCGCGCGUGGGGAUGGCGCAUCCCUACGAGUCGUGGUACAAGUCGGGCUUCCACUCCACCAUCUCCGGGGAUGUGGCCAACGGCGCGUCCUCGUGGUGGGACGUCCACACUAAUCCCGGCUCGUGGCUGGACGUGCAGAAUCCCGCCGGCACGCUCCAGACCUCCCUGCACUCCGGCACUCCGCAGGCCAUCCACUCCCAGCUGAGCGGCUACAACCCGGACUUCUCCUCGCUCACCCACUCGGCGUUCAGCUCCACCGGAAUCAGCCCGUCCGCGUCCCACCUGCUGUCCACCGGCCAGCACCUGUUGACGCAGGACGGCUUCAAAACGGUCAUCCCCACCUACACGGACGCUUCGGCCGCCAACGCCAUGAUCUCAGGGGGCAGCUCGGGAAUAAGCAGCUCGUCCAGGUCGUCCAGGCGGUACUCCGGCAGGGCGACGUGUGACUGUCCGAACUGCCAGGAGGCCGAGCGGCUGGGCCCCGCGGGGGCCAGCCUGCGCAGAAAGGGACUCCACAGCUGCCACAUUCCCGGCUGCGGAAAAGUGUACGGAAAGACGUCCCACCUCAAGGCGCACUUGAGAUGGCACACCGGCGAGCGGCCUUUUGUGUGCAACUGGCUUUUCUGCGGCAAGAGGUUCACGCGCUCCGACGAGCUGCAGAGACACCUGAGGACCCACACCGGCGAGAAAAGGUUCGCCUGUCCGGUGUGCAACAAGCGCUUUAUGCGCAGUGACCAUUUGAGCAAGCACAUCAAAACGCACACGGCGGGCGGAGGAGGCAAAAAGGGCAGCGACAGCGACACCGACACCAGUAACCUGGAGACCCCGAGGUCCGAGUCCCCAGAACUUAUUUUGGAAGGGGUGAACCCCAGAAUCACUGUGAAGGAUCCGUCUCCCCACGACGAGCCCUGA